AUGGACGAGAAUGGCACACUGGAGCGGUUGCAGGAAAUCGUACGCGCCGUAAAGGCCAAAGGACCUUUGGUGCAAUGCCUCACCAAUUUUGUGAGUAUGGACUUUAUGGCCAAUGGCCUGCUGGCUCUGGGCGCCCAUCCCGCUAUGGUUCACUCCGUGGAGGAGUUGGAUGUGGCCAUCAGCAAGGUGAAGGCCGCCGGAGGGGCCGUGUCCAUCAACAUCGGUACGCUGGAUGCACUCUGGAUUGAGUCCUUCAAGUGCGCGGUGAAGGCUUGCAACGAGCAUCAAGUGCCUUGGGUUUUGGACCCCGUCGCCGCUGGCUUCACACCCCUCAGGACCUCUGUGGCCACUGAGCUACUAGAGAUGGGCGGGUGUGCCGUGCUGCGUGGCAAUGCCAGCGAGAUCUUGUCGCUGAGUGGUGCAGAUGGCGCCGGCAAAGGGGUGGACUCCACCAAAGGCUCCGACGGGGCGGUGAAGGCUGCGAAGCUCCUGGCGGCAAAAUAUCGAUGUGUCGUGGGUAUAUCUGGGGCGAUGGACUACGUCAUUACACCAGAGGGCAACCAGUUCAGCUGUGAACACGGCGUGGCGAUGCUACAAAAGAUCACUGCGGCGGGAUGCUUGGUCAGCUCCAUCAUUGCGGCUUUCGUGGCUGCCAAACCGGCUGGUUUCAGCAAUGCCGAGGCAGCCUUGUAUGCGUUCACCUACUUCGGCAUUUGCUCUGAGGAGCUUCAUGCCAUGUUUCGCGCACCGCAGGAGUUGGGUCAUUUGAAGUCUUCAACCAGAGGUUCCAGUUCUCCUUGCACUUUGAACCCCGAAGUGAACAUGGAGGUCUCUGCCAAACAGGCGUCCUGGUGGCGUCGGCGCAGGAUGGAGAAGGCAGGCCCCUGCCGCUCACCUGUCGCUGGCGCCGGCGGAUCGGUUCACAUACAGUUGAAAUACCUGGCAUCACUUCUUCCAUGUACCAUGCCUCAGCUGAUGAUGUGGGUCGGCAUGCAGAUCAUUUGUCUGGCAGAGCCCGAAGGUCAGCGUCAGCUUGGCGUGGCACAGGCGAUUAUUGGCCCAUUUGAGCUGGACCCCAUCACGCGAAUGAGUCUGGAGAACAUCGUGUCGUCGGGCGCCUCGCGCUUUCCGGUGCGCCACUUCCGGGAUCAGAACGAUCCCCAUCCGCGCGACCUGCAGAUCCAUGUCACCCAGGAGCACGUGAAGGUGGUUCACCCAGGAGCCGGCCGAGGAAGUGGUGAGGUGAUGGCGCCCUACUCCGCAGACUAUCCCAAGGUGAUCAUCCACCCCACGGACACCUGCAAAUUCAGACUCGAGCUUUGUGACGAGCAGGACAAGAUCUUCCACUUCGUGGCCCUGUCCAGGACCAUGCGCGAUCUCAUCACUCUGUUGGUGCGCACCUUUCACGCGCGACAGUACGUGGCAACCUCGUUCAUACUGAGCAGGCUCUUCCAAGACCCUGCGCGUCCUGGAGUCUGCACCGCUUACCACCAUCAUGACUCAGGAGAUUUCUGUUGGAAAGCCAUCUCCGAAUGUCCGACAGUUCGCUUUUUGAGAACGGCCUUUGAGGAGUUUGAUCUCCAGCGGCUGGCAGAUCGCUUGGGCAAGGACGUGUGUCAACAAUGGGGCCCGGGUGGAUUUGUGGUCGGCCUGAUGUGGAUUAGGAGCUGGACCGCACCGUGGGGCAAUUGGAAUCCGUGGAGUCUCACCGACCGUGUCUUGAAGCCAUCUGUGUUGAGAAUUCAUCUCGGUUGCUUUCCUCCAGUGGCCGUGACGAUGUCGGCCUGGCGACGAAGCAUCGAAGCCAUCCCCGGGACGCCCGCGUUGCCGGCGGCGUUUCGGGGCCCGCUUUGGAACUACGACUUCAGUCGGAGUGUGAUGCAACUGGCCGAUGCAGUGUUGGACUUACAGCAUGAUUCUGAUGAUUUGCACUACCUCUGGGAGGAGGUGCUGAUGCUCCGCAGCCAAGUGCAGCAGCACCGCAGUGCCCGUGCCAUCCCCAGCACUGUGCCCUCAGCGGCGGCGCCGGGGCCGCAGGGGCUGGGCCCGGGGCCGCAGGGGCCGCAGGAGCCCGAGCCUCCGACAGGCGCCUACAAUUGGAUUGGGAAGUUGCAUGAACUCUGUGGCAAGAAAUUGAAGCGCAAUCUCGAGAAGCAGGAGAUUGCCUUUAGCACCGAGAGCGUGCAGAGUGAAGAUGGGACUUCGGGUUAUCAAUCCACUUUGGAUUGCAAAUUCUUCGAGGCCGGCGGCUACCUCGGUGAAGUUUGCGCCAGCAAGAAGGCGGCAGAACACUCAGCCGCCAGGGUGGCGAUUGAACAUGAGUUUCGCGACUUUGUGGAGGGGGUGGAGCGGGUGGUGCGGAACUCCAACAACGAGAAACGCGAGUUGCAGGCGCAGCUCUCCGAGACCAUUGGCAGCUACACGGAGGCGAUUGAGAAGCUUCAUCAGCAACUGACGCCGACCAAGGGUGGUGCUGCUGCAGCACUGCAACUGCAGAUCCACGACGGCCGGGCGUUGAACAGCCGCUUGAACCUGGAAGCUCAAGAACUGAGGCAGCAGCUCGAAGACCUUCAAGCUGCAGGGGACGAGGGACCGGCCCUGGAGAAGCGUGCCAGAGCCAUUGAAGGUUUCAAAAUGGAGAUCGCGAAACUUCGCGCACAGAUCAAUUCUCUGGCCGGCAACGUGGAGAUGCACUCUCAGAGGGACAUGACCCGAGCCGACGAGCUGAGACGCUUACGCUCUGAUGUGAACAGCCUCAACCGGGAGAAGGAAGCCUUGGAACAGAGCGUGGCACAGGCAGAGAAGGAAAAGGAAGAUCUCAUCGAGAACUUUCUUUACACCAAGGGCUGCCUGGACAAGCUGCAAAUUGCCUGCAUCAAUUCUCCUGCUUGCUCUCCAGAACAUGAACGUGAGGUGGCGCAUCUGCGCGACACCUACAAUCAGGUGGUUGACGAGCGCAACCGGCUGAUGGUCAAAGUCGAGGCCAUGGACAAGGACCGUGAGAAGCAAAAGCAGUUCCGGGAGUCUGCAUUGGAGAAGGUGAGCCAGGCCAAUGCCAGGCUGCUCGAGGAGCGAGAUCGUUUGGAGAAGGAGAAGGGGCGGGUGUCGGCACUCUACCAGCAGACCAUUGGCAUGCUGGCACACUCUGCCGCCAAAGCAGAGGCAGAGGAGGAAGACAAGUUGGCCACCUUCGAGGCCUUGAAGGCCAAGGUGGUCAAGAUGCGCGACGUCCUUCAAAAGAAGGAGGAUGAGAACGAAUCCCUUCGCCUUCGGCUCAAGCGAUUGGCUCGACCAGAAGCCAAGGCGCCGAGCCUUGCAGUGCCAAAGAACUGA